AUGGCGUGGCUCGUGGCCUCAUUGGCCGCCCUCGCGCUCGCCUACAUUUCCUACCAGCUCUACGCCUUUCAACGACUGCGACACAUACACGGUCCUACGCUGGCGUCUUGGACAAAUCUCUGGCUGGUGUACGCGCAGCUCACGGGUCGGAUACACAUUAUACUUGAUGAGCUUGUUUUAAAACACGGCCCUGUCGCCAGAAUUGCCCCUGAUUGGAGCCUGGUGGUACCGCGGCAUGCGCAUCGACCCUUAUCAAGACACGGUAAGGAGGUCGACAACUUGCACCAACUUGUCCAAGACCAGGUCCAAGGUCUGAUACACCUCCUCGAAAGGCACGUCGCGGAUGGCAGCGGCUCCUGCAUCCUCGACAUGGCGCAAAAGAUUCAGUAUUUUGCACUCGACACCAUUUCUUCCCUCGCCUUCGACAGCCCGUUUGGUUUCAUGGAGCAGGAUGCGGACAAGUUUCGCUACAUUGAGACGACCGGAAACACGGUCUACAUCCUCGUCGCGACGGCGCUCAUCCCUGGCGUCAUCAGCUUGAUACAGUCGCCUUACCUCCAGUGGAUUGCGCCCAGCAUCAAGAACAUGGCCGGUAUCGGAGACAUUAUUCGAAUGGCCGAAAGGGUUGUCGCGGAGCGCUAUGGCACAAAUCCGCUGGUGAAGCAGGACAUGCUGGGCUCGUUCGUCAAGCACGGCUUCUCACAAAAAGACGCCGAAACGGAAGCGCUCAUCCAAAUCAUUGCUGGGUCUGAAACGACGGCCACAGCUAUCCAAGCCACCAUUCUACACAUAAUCACCUCAUGCAACGCCUACUCUUGCCUGCAAAGCGAGAUUGCCACUGCCGAGAAGGAUGGCCGUAUAUCCACCCCCGUCACCAACGCAGAGGCGCAGUCGCUUCCCUAUCUACAGGCUGUCAUCCUGGAAGGCCUUCGUAUGUUUCCGCCUGCCGCAGCUCUUUAUCCAAAAGUCUGCGAUACAGACGAGGUUCUAUGCGGUGUUUCCAUUCCUGCGGGCACCAACGUGGCUUGGUCGCCGUGGACCAUCAUGCGGAGCAAGGAAGUCUUUGGGGCAGAUGCCAACCUUUUCCGUCCCGAGCGCUGGCUGGGCGCUUCCAAGACCAAGGCCAUGGAGCAGACUGUCAUGAUGGCCUUUGCAUCAGGCAGCCGAUGGGAGUGCCUCGGCAAAAACAUAGCCCAGCUUGAACUAAACAUGGUCUUCGUCGAGCUUUUUCGGCAUUUUGAAUUCACUCUGGUGAAUCCCACGAACCCGUGGAAGUCGUUUAAUGCUGGCAUGUUCUCUCAGAGCGAUCUUCACAUUGCUGUUACUCGCAGAAAUGCCAUGUAG